GGAAACAAAAGAAAUCGCAAAUUUCUCUAAACAAUUUUUGGUGAGUUGCGCCGAGAAACAGGCAUACAACUGACCGAUUCCAAUUGCAAAUUCAUAUACCUACAGCAGGAGGGUUGACAUGGCUUUGAAAAGAAUACAGAAGGAGUUACAUGACUUGCAAAGGGACCCUCCAGCUCAAUGUUCAGCUGGACCAGUUGGAGAGGACCUGUUUCAUUGGCAAGCCACCAUCAUGGGACCUACUGACAGUCCAUACCAGGGAGGGGUAUUUUUCCUCACCAUCCACUUUCCCACAGAUUAUCCCUUCAAACCACCAAAGGUAGCCUUCACAACAAAAAUCUAUCACCCAAACAUAAACAGUAAUGGUAGCAUCUGUCUGGACAUUCUGAGGUCACAGUGGUCUCCAGCGCUUACAGUUUCGAAAGUUUUAUUGUCCAUAUGCUCAUUGCUGUGUGACCCAAACCCAGAUGAUCCCCUAGUUCCAGACAUAGCACACAUCUACAAGCAGGAUAAAGAAAAGUACAACAGAUUAGCAAGAGAUUGGACUCAAAAGUAUGCAAUGUAAAGGACUGAAGUUUGAGAAAAGGCUUAAGCAAGUUUCCUGGACACCUCUGAAAGUACUGUUGCUACCCCCCAUCCUUACGGUUGAAGAAGUGUUUUACAUGGGAAGCACAUUCUAUGCCCACAUUAACUGGUUUUAUGCUUUGCCCUCAUUAUUUUCUUUUGUUUGACAUUCCCAAUGUUAUAUAAAUUAUUAUUCAUUUAUUGCUGAGAUGGCCCAUAAAGAAAGAACAGACCAAUUCUGAAUCCAUUCUCCCAUCGUAUAGGUACAUUCUUUUUUCCUUUUAGAGAUUUUUAUUGUAUAGUAUAAAGCUAUACUGAAUCUAUUUUUAUUAUUUUGCAUUAAAAAGUGAAACAAUAAAUAUUUGUCUUGAUUAUCUUAGACAU